GUUCCCAGAAUACCCGGACAUUGCCAAUCAGUGUAGGGACUUCUCGCUAACCCUGCAGCUAGCUAGCUAUUUUCUUAAACCCGUGAAUUUGAAGUAAAACGGAAGUAAUAUUCGACAGUUAAUAUACUAGAAAACUAUAUUUAAGUGCUGGUGCUAGAAAUCACCUGACAAACGACGAUACUAACGGAAACCCAGAAACAAUUCUGGUAGUCAGCUAGCUAAUUCAAGUUGGCGACGAGUUUUCGUUGUUACCACAUUGACUGUGUAGCCUUGGUAAUAUGAAGACUCUGCCCUUCUUCUCUCGGGGAAAGGUCGUUCGAGGCUUCGGUAGAGGGAGUAAGGAACUUGGGAUCCCGACAGCAAACUUCCCUGACUCGGUGGUGGAGCGCCUUCCUGCAGACAUCAGCACCGGGGUGUACUUCGGUUGGGCGAGCGUGGGGGCCGGGGAAGUGCACAAGAUGGUUAUGAGCAUUGGCUGGAACCCCUUCUACAAGAAUACCAAGAAAUCCAUGGAGGUGCACCUAAUUCAUAAAUUUAAGGAGGAUUUCUAUGGAAAAGUCCUGAAUGUCCUUAUAUUGGGCUACAUCCGCCCAGAAAGGAGCUUCAACUCACUAGAGUCCCUGGUCACAGCGAUCCACAGCGACAUUGAGGAGGCCAAGAGGAGGCUGGACUCUCACGAAUGCAGAAAACUGAGGGACGACUUUUUCAUACCGACGACAGACCACAUACUGAACGGCCACUGACCGAAGCGGCUACCGGCCCCGGAGUGGACCUUCAUGUCCGGGUGGUUCUGUGGUUGGUUCAACCAAACAUGACCCACUAACCACUGUACCAAGCACACCACUACCCACAGACCUAAGAAAUCAGCAACUACCCGCAGAACUAAAAACAAAUUCCGCUCGACCGAGAACACAACAAGAACCCAACGAGCAGAAGAGUAGAGUUUGUAUGACUGAGAGACUAAAUGACUGAGCUGAGCUUGUAUUCCGGCAGAGAGACUGUCACGGUCAGCCGAGCCUGCACUCGAACGUUUAGUCUUAGCAUUAGCUUGGCAGCUGUAGUGUUGAGUUUAUUACGUACAUCUGUCCCAGGGAACACAUUCCUCUACUGCAGUGGUAACCGACCCUGCUCCUGGAGAUCUACCGUCCGUAAGGUUUUCACUCUGACCCUAACAAAGCGCACCUCAUUCAACAGCUAGAGAUCUUUGCUGCUAACGAGAGCUGCUAAUUAACAGUCAGUUGUGCCACAUUAUGGUUGAAAUGAAUACCUGCGGGUCGGUAGAUCUCCAGGAACAGGGUUGGUUACCACUGCUCCUGCUGUUUACAGUCCCUCCUUUGUGACUUGUUCAUCACGCGUAGAUAACCGCAGUGGGGGAAAAUGGGCUUACUAUUUAUAGCUAACGGACGCACUGUGAAGGUGUUGCGGAUUGUUGUUCCCCAGGUGUCGCGCACCGGUAGGGCUUCUCUUUCUUCUUCCGAGGUCUUCAUCGGCAGCGCUAACUCCCUUAUUUCCGCCUGCACCCGCGGCGCUCCUGACCGCCAUUUGAACGCGUUUGUCUGAAAUUUUGUCGGCCUGCAUUCCUCACUUCAUUAACCUAAUUAAUGUGUAUGGGGCAGAACUUAAUUUGUUGGAUUGUAUAUGGUACUUUGUAUUUAAACUGUAAUUUGUGGGAUUGUUCUACUGCAUUAGUAAAUUAUUGUCAUGCAACAAAUAUCAACUAUUACGUUUUGUGGCGAAUCAUUUGAAAACUAUAACAAAUAUUUCACAAUCAAGCUUUUCUUUGUUCAAUGUUUACCUCUCGUUUGAUUUUAAAAGCAAUAUAAGCACAAUGAAGUUGAAUAGUGUGUAAUCUAUUUGCUUUGUAACAAAGCAUAUCUGUUUGUGUCUAUGCUGAAGUGAUGGCCAUUGUGUGUCCAUUAUCCAAUCUGCAGCUAAGACCCUGUUAUGAUUCUAGAGAUGUAAUUUCAUAAAUAUUUUCUAAGAACUGCAUUAGCUGCUACGGGCAUGAAUGUUGAAAUAAUGUUACUUUGAAUAAAGAAAUGUUCAGGUAGCGUA